AAAAUAUAACUGAAAUAAUAAACUCAAGCUGUAUACUAAGAGAAGGAACACUUUUUAAAGGACUCAAGAGAAAAAGAGCAGUGCAAGUAAGAGAGGAUCGGAUCGAGUUUCAAUUUCGCUUUUGCUAUUUAAGUUGGCAGCCGUUGACAGUUUUCCAGCUGCAUGCGGAAGGAGCGCGGGAGGAAUGGCCAUCAGCAUGUGGCCCUAGACAAAAGACAACGACCAUAAAGAAACCUGCAAAAGUGCAAAAAAAUAGAGAGGGGGAUUCGGAGUUGGAGAACCACUUGGCAUUCAGGCAGCGAAGCAUAACCAGGCGGUUCGGCUGUUGGGUUAGACCGGAAAAGCGUCGAUGAGUUGAGUGCCCCUUCGUUGUCACUUCACCCUGAAACUCCCCCUCCGAACUCUGAGCUCCAAACUCCAAACUCCGUCCCGAAAUGGAUGCAUCGCCCCUGUCGCCGGAACAGGCUCCAAUCUUGGCCACCGGGAGGUCAUUGGACCAGCAGGUGGACGCCAGUUCGCCCAACCACCACUCGAACUACUCGAAUCUCACGAACAGCAACAGCAGCAGCAGCGGCAGUAGUGCCAGCACUCCCUCCGCCUGCUCCUCCUCCUCAUCGUCUUCCUCGGCUCCGCAGUACAGUGCAGAUAUCCGAGCGGCUGCUGCACUGCAUCCGCAGCCAAGGGGUUCCACCUCCGGCUCGGGAUCGGCCAAAACCUGUGAACUGGACUUGGGAGAGGAACGAGAUACCUUCUCGCCAGUGACCAGUCCGGGUUGCAACGGAGCAACUGCUGCCGUGGUGCUGCCCUCUUCUUCGACCGCCUCGGUAGACAACAAGAUUUACGAGGGAGGAAGCAAGCCAGUGAAGCCACCCUCCAAGGAGGAGAAACAACGCCAGAACGAAGAGAUUGUGUGCAUGGAGACCUCGACGGUGUCCACAGAAACUGGUUCCUGGGAAUCCAUGUAUCCAGCAGCGACAACCAUUGCUCCGCCUGAGCCCGAGGAAAUGGAGGAAACCACAUCGGUUUUCAAGGGCAUCAGUGCCAGCUCCUUGCUGCGGGAUCUAGAGAAGCGGGAUCAACCGUUGUCCACCUCGGGCACCAGUGCCUGCUUUAUAGAUGCCUCGUCGUUGAGGGAUGAGGAUGAGGUGCUGUCCUUUCCCAGCCUAGAUGGUCAUGGUCAGGAGGAGGAGGUUAAUACCGGAGAAGAUGAGGCCGCACCCUCGCCCACAGAGCAGCUGGAGCAGUUUCACAAGUCCUUUGCCAGGUGCAAAGGCGUGAGAUCAUCAUCUCAAGUGAGGGAACCAGAGCAGGAUCAAGAGGAUCCCGGGGAUGAGGAGCCGGUGGAGGAGCGACCUGCUUCCAUGUCCGUGCCCUAUAGCUUCCAGCACAAUGCUCAGCACUUUAGUGUGCAUCCCUUGGGCAGCAGUCCCAAGUUUACUCACCACCAGCUGCAGCACAACAGCCACAGCAGUCAGCAACAUCAUCCGGAUCUCAGCUACACCACGGACUACUCCUCCAGCAGUCCGGCUCCGAGCUUAGUGUGGUCAGAGCAGGGUAGAAACAACCACCAGGUGGUCUCCGCUUCCACGCCCCACAACUCGAUGGUGCACAUUGAACCCGCGUCGGCCGGAAGCAACAAUUCCUCCAUACACAGGGAUUACACGCUAUCUUCUUCUCUAUCGCAUCACAGGGAUUCGGGUGCGUACUGUAGUGAUGCCACUGAUUCACCACUACCCCUGCCUCGCACUCCAAAGCGGAGUUCCAAGUUCGAUGAGGCCAAUCCCAUUGUUUCGGGCGGUGCAUCCAUUGAGGAUUUCCGAGAGAAACAAUGCGAGAGUCCCAGCAUCAAAAGACGCACAGACACAUGCCCCAUUGUCUCGGGCGGAUUCGUGUCGCUGGACUUUGCGCCCACUCGCCCGCUGGCGGAUGAGGAUGACGAGGAGAACCUGACCGAAGAUGCAGAGAUUGCGGGGGUGGAAAUGCGAGUCAAGACGGGAGUGCAAAGGAAACCGGUUCCCGGCAUUGCCUCCUGGGUGGUGGACAUGAGUGACUGCCGGCCGGAGCGGAGGAGGAGCACCAGCAGCACCACCUCCAGUUUCCGAGAGCGCUCCGAUUCCAACAGUUCGCACAAGAGCGGCUGCGGCUUCUACGUUUCGCUGGAUGACAUGGACAGAAAGCCACAGGAGCCGGCACAAAAACCACCAGUAACUGCUCCCCUGUCGCAGCUAAGCAAAUCCUACACGGCACCCAAGUCGGCAGGAUUCUUUGUGGAUCUUUCGCAGAGUGGCAAAGAUGAAGAGCAGGCGCCGAAGGAUGAGCAGUUUGUGGAAGCCAAGGAGGAACCGAAGCCAGAGGCCAAGAAUAUAUUCAGUAUGUUUAUUGAUUUUGGUGAGCAAAAGACACCGCGUUGCAAUGGCAGAAAGGAACCUUUGAGUCUGGCCCAGAGGUUGUCUAGCUCGCUGAGCUCCUCCUCGGCUUCCAGGAGGGGAGCAGACUCGGAGGUGAUGAAAUCCAGUGCCAGUUCCACGGAGACCCUGAUGGCCAAGAGUGCCAACCAAAAGGAAAUGCCAGCCACUGGAGAGAGUAGAUCCCUUGACUACAGAUGCAAUCUGGAGCCUCCGUUAACGGUUGCUGCACUGCGUCGUCUGUCGCAGCAGCACCGCCAGCAGAGCGAUCCCGCCAAGCGUCACAGCUGGGGCAGCAAUGGUCAGCCGGAGCAAACAUCCGGAUCGGGUUCGGGCAACGAUUGCAAGCGUUCCAUCAGCCUGACUGCCAAUGGGGCAGCGGAUUCGGGAGCGGGUCUAAUGAGCAUCAUUGACAAACUACCCAUUAUAUCCAAGGCAUCCUCGCUAUCGAUAGAUAGCUCCGUCUCGCCCUACGAUGAUUUCAGUGGCUCUAAUCCUGGCCUCAGCAGCUGUUCGGAGGAGGAGCAGCCGGGUCAAGUGCAGGGAAGGAUUAAGAAGCGACGAAGGGAUGCACAAUUAAAUGAGACCUAUGACAAGUCCAGUUUGGCCUCUGUAACAGAGGGUAUUCUCUCGAAGGACUUGUCGCCCGCUUCCAACACGGACACCGAUGAUCUCACCUUCCAGCAGGACGAACAGCUGGCCAAGGAGCAGGCGGAAUCGGUGAUACCAGUGCCGCUCCAGCUGAGCAGCAGCUCCAAUCGCACCAGCAGCGUCAUGGAGACCAUUAUUGAGGCGAAGGAGACGGCCUCGCCCAAAAAGCAGGUUACCCUCAACAAUGGCCAUACCAUGGAGUCCCUGCAUGCCACCAUCGAGAAGCAGAAGCAACUGCUGGAGACGGUCAACGAGCAUGGCGAGCAGACGGCCCCGCCGCCACCCAGCCAGAUCCCCUCGAGCUUUGUGAAGCUCUCAGACAUGGACAAGCCCGUGAAGCACGAUCUGCAGUCGCCGGAUUCGAUGAGCAAGAGUGUGGGCAAUAACCACAGGAGCUCACAGCUGGGCCAGCGCCUCUACAGGGAUGAGAAUCGGGCACGUCCGCAUUCCUGGGCCAUGACCAGAUCCACAGGCAAUACACUGCAGAACUUCACCAACUCAGUGGACAAUAUAAGGAGUCUCUCGCGGCUGUUUCCAAACUUCUCAAAAGAGUUCUCCAACUCGCUGCCCAAUGGCAUGACCCUGGAGCAGGUUCAGGGUCAGGGUCAGCAGGUUGACUACAUCCAAACAGAUCUCAGCGCGGACUCGAGUCUGGCCUCCAGCUUCAGCAGAUCGGGCAUGGAUGAAUCCUCGCUGAGCUGCAGGCAGCCCAGACGUUUGGGUGAGGAUCUGCUCAAGAUGUUCCUGCAGGAGAUUGCCACGGAUAUGCUGGUGGAGGUGCACGGUCGACGCAUCCGCGCCCACAAGUGCAUCCUGCGCUCGCGUUGUCAGUACUUUGCUGCCAUGCUGGCUGGACACGGUUCGCAGAGUGUGGUCUCCCUGCAGGGCUACUCGUACGCAGCCGUUCACUUUGCCCUUUGCCACAUCUAUUCGGGUGCCUCGCAUCCGCCGGAUGGCAUCAGUCUGAUGGAGCUGGCCGCCCUGGCGGAUCUGUUGGGACUGGAGGGUCUCAAGGAGGUCACCUCGCAUGCCCUCAAGACGAACUACUGCCACAACUUCCACAAGCCCUGCUCCGGCUGCACCGAUGGCAUCCUGCAGGUGCUGCCCGUGGCCUUAAACCAUGCCCUGGAUGAUCUGUACAGGAAGUGCCUGCGCUGGACGUGUCGCCACUACCUGAAGGUGUGGCCAACCAGGCAGUUUGCCCAACUACCGCCGGAUAUCCUCGGACGAUGCCGCCAGCAGAUUGUCGCUUACUUGACUUCGGAGACGGUGCUGGACACGGUGCUCGACUGCGACCAUCUGCUGGCCCAAUUGUCGGCCUAUCGCUGGGGCCACGUCUGCGAGCAGCUGGUGCGCGAGAUCUUGGAGGCAGCGUACGCCUAUGUGGGUGACCACUUUGCCAGCUUGAUUGCCAGUGAUGCCUUCCUGUCGCUGGGUCACGAUCGCAGCCGGCACAUUCCGCGACUGGAGACGCUACUCCUGCACACAGCCGCCGAGCUGACUCCAGAGCAGGCUUGUAGGAGCUAUCAGCGGGUAACCCGUUUAAAUACCGUGCUGCAGGCAAAGGUCAUCCAAAUGCCGGCCAGUUUGGGCCAGUCGGAGCUGGCACGGGAACUGCAGGGUCUGCAGGAGGAGCAACUGGACUGGCAACCGGAGUACAUUCGACUGGUGGGCGCCCUAGUCUAUGCCGUAGAGCAAUGCCUCAUCCGUCAGUGCUCACGGGCCAUGCGCGUCACCGCCUGGCAGCGCAUGGAUCUAGAGCUACGCAAGAAGAUACAAACGCUGGCCCGUCUCACAGAACCGUUGGACAUGAAGCGCCAGAACGGCAAGCCGGUGAGCAAGGCCUUUUCCUUUGGCGGCAGUACACGCAGCCAGGAUCUUGUGCAGAUCAAGCUGGCCAUUCAGGCGCAGACGAAGCGAGCCCAUGCCCAGGAGACACUGUUGUACAAGGCCACCCAGACGCAGGAUGCGGUGCAAACCGCUGAUAGGGGAGUCCAAGCGAAUCACGAGUCAAGGGAGGCAGGCAGUAAACUACUCAAGUCCAACUCCCGCGCCUAUGUUCCGCAUCGUGCCAGCUCACAGGUGGCUUCGGAACGCAACAGCUUGAAUCUUCAUCGGCGCACUCAGUCAGAGGCUCCGCCAGUGACCCACAAGAAACCUGUGCCAGCUCCAGUGGCAGUUGCCGUGAUUGAACCGAAGACUGUCCAAGGAAAAGUAACGGCAGUGUCGGCCAAACUAGGCGAGGUGCGGCCUCGCUACUUGGAGCCCCGCAAACCAAGGGCUGCCGCUUCAGCCGCUACCAAUGGCCAUGGAGCCGGUCCCGUACGCAGUGCCACCAGCUCGAGCAUUCCGGCCAAUGGUGGGAGGAAGGCUCCGGCCAAGAACCUGCACAUCUCGUCCAGCGACAGCUCACGGAAUUCAAGUCCGGCGGCAGUGCGCAGAGGGCAGAAUGGCACACGGCUGGGCAACAAGUCCAGCAAUCUUUCCAUGGACAGCUUGGCAUCGCCGGCACGUCGGGCCAAGAACAGCUCUCGGGGACCACAGGACAGGUACUCCUCCGACCAGAACUCGCUGGCGGAGAGCAUGAAGAGCUCUGUGAUCACCAACAAAACGAUCUCACACGAGUCGCUCUCGAGCAGCUCGAAGCUGGCCAGGAUUCAGCAGUUAAAUGGCCACGGAAAAGGAGCCGCAACGGGAAAGAUUAAGGCCACACAGCGUGGAUCCACGGUUGGGAAUAAGUCCACCCGUCAGCUGAAGCAGCAGCAUAAUGCCAUGGCCUCCAAUGGAUCCAGUCCCAGUUCGGUGCAUACCACCAAGUCGGCAGCCAGUCGUCUGUCAUCUGUCAGCAGCACACUUUCCACGAGGGAGCUGUUCAAACAACGCUCCAUUUCAGUGCCUGCCGGUGGAACAGAUGGAGCGGCGCCAAACAAGGGACGACACAGCUUCCUCUCGGCCAAGUCCCGUGAGAUUCUGGCCAAGCGCGCCGAGAAGAACAAGCUGCAGCAGCAGCAACAGCAACUGAAGCAUUCGGAGGCGCCUGUCGAUGAACGCGGGGGAUCAGUGCAAUUACGUUCCUCUGCCGGACCUCUACGCUCCUCCUCACAUUCCGCCGUGUCAAGCAUGCUGCAACAGCACAAUCUGCGCAACAGUCUGCCCUCCAGUAUUCCCACCCGACGCCCGAAUACGCUGCAUCUCAAGAAGACCACUGCAGCGGUGACAAACGGAGUGGGUGGUGGCCCAACUAAAGCGGCAAAUGCAAAUGGACUGCUGACGAAUGGAACCUAUAAGUCGGCCCAGGCGGUCAAACAGAAGCUGGACCUGCUCAUCGAUGCCCAGAUGGAGAGUGGCGGGCCCAGGGAGCGCGUCGAGUCCAAACUGGAGCGCUCCAGCACCUUCUGCAAGGAUAGCGCCGAUCUGGACAUCAGCGAACUGCAGAUUGUGGAGUAGUCAAGUUAAGAUUAGAGAGCAACAGCAUCUAUAUGGGGUUGUAUCAAAUAUGGCCCCCCAGAGCAGAUGCCAACCCGAAUCCAGAACCGUACACGUCCCAUAAGGCAACACUAGUCAAUAAUCUAGCAUGCAGCUGCCGUUGCAGUUACAAGCAUGAAACCAUUAUACAAUAACGAUAAUAACGAGAUGAUGUUACUACCAACCGACAACCGCGAUAAUUAAAAACGUUAAAAUACCAGACAGCCGAAACCCAAAACAAAGCAAACAAGUUAUUGCCGUUUAACCUAAACCACUCCGAAGUAUAAUUAUAUUAGCUUAUUGCGAAAGGAAAGCUUGCGAUCGAUCGAUGGAUUGUAUGCAAAGCGGAUAUAAAAAAAAAAAACUAAAAAACAAGUAUUUGGUGAUAUUAUUUAGAGUGCGCUUUAUGUUUACGUUUAAUGCUAAGUAUAACAAGUGCUUGUAACCCGAACUCUCUACUCAAAGUACGUUCUUGCGGAUCCAAGAAUGCUCUACUAUAUAUGCUUUGUGCGCUUUGCAGGCUGCAUUUAAAGUCUUAUUCUCUAUUUAUCCCGCUUUAUUGUCAAAGCCCGCCCAAUUAAACAUACAUAUAUAUGCAAUUGUGUAUAUAUAAGAAAAGAAGAUUGAUAAACCUUCUCUAUAAUAAUUUAAGCUUGAACUUUUUUAUACUGUUGUUUAUUUAACUCGUACUCGUAACAAUGGCGCAUUACUUCAGCAAGGCAACCAAGGAAACGUCUCUUACAUAUUAUUUUAAACAAAUUAAUUUAUAAAUUUUAAUUAUUUGGUAAAUAUAGAACGGAGCGAACGAAACUGAAUUUUUUGUAAGCAACGGCAUUGAUACAUUGAUAUAUUGAUAAUGAAGUGCAAGAGUAAUAAAUGUGUGUAUUUAUUAAAAGUUACCAUAUAAAGCAAGA